UUUUGCAACUUCACAUUUGCCGAAUGUGUACAUCGCGCAUGUUUGUCGAGCUUUAACUUUAACGCUUUAGAAGGGUCAACAUUUUUGGCCUUCGUCACGAUUCGAUAUAAACACAUGGUUUUUUCUAUAGAAAGAAAAAUAGGGAGUUUUGUCAGAAAUAUAAUACAGAUAGACGAAUCUCGAAUCUCUUAGCACGGAAGUAAUCGUCGCAGAUACAUACAUCGAGGGUUGAGAUCCUUUGUUUUCACCCUUGUCGACUUCGAAGAGAAAAUAUAAUAUAGCAGGAUGAAUGAAGUCAAGUUGCCACCAUCACCAAACUGGUACUUGAAUAAUAUUCUUGCAUGUUCAAAACGUGGAACUGUAGCCUGGGGCACGAAGAAUUGCAUUGUCAUUGCCAGACAGAAAGAAGGCAAUAAUGCUAUGCAAUAUUCCAUAAUCAAAGACCAAUUUAGAGACAAAGUAACUGCAGUUGCAUUUUGUCCUAAGUUCGAAAGCCUGGAUAGUCCAGAAUUACUAAUCUUUUGUGGUGAUGAUGUCAAAGUUAAAGUUUGGAAUGUGGAUACAUUAGAACCAGUAGAUGAAUUCUCUUUUGCUGAUGGAGUCAAAUUGGUUGUAGGAGUUGACUGGUCAGUGAAAGAUAGUAAUAUUGCAUGUGCAGUAAGUUCGGAGGGUAUUCUAAUGUACUGUAAUAUACAGUAUAAUACUUCAAAAUUAGUGCCUCUAGGCAAGCUAACUGCUACAUGCUUAGCUUGUUGUCCUCAUGAUUCUAAUCUUGUAGCAAUAGGUACUAAAACUGGACUAAUUUUUAUCGUCCAAAAAGAAGUAAUAUUAUAUAAAAUGAGGGGACAUAAUGAGGAAAUAGUUAGUUUAUCUUGGUGUCCUUCAGAUAUGAAUGUAUUAGCUAAAGAAAACACAAGAGACCUACUUUUAGCUUCUGGUGCAAAAGAUAGAUCUAUAUUCAUUUGGAGAGCUGGUAGAGAUGGCAGAUAUGAAAUUCAAUUAAAUUUACCACAUUUGCCACUCACAGGCUCUUAUCAAAAUAAAAGCAAGCUUAGUGCUGCAACUGGAGCCUGGAUCGCAGUAUGUUGGGCAGAACCCAAAGUGCUUUUAACUAGCUCUCUUUGGGGUGAACUUCUUUCUUGGGAUCUUUCAACAAACAAAGAAAAGCCUUUGUACAAACUGUUACAUACAUUUCAUAAUAGAGGAUUGUUUUGUAUAGCUUCAGUACCUAACAAUGAUGAAGAUGAAGAUGAUCUGACAAAAGAAUCAGAAAAUUGGAGGACAGAUUCCGAGCUUAGAGUUUGGACUUUAGCACAAGAUCGCUGGAUCAUAUGUUGCAAACGAGACAGCGAUCCUACCAAAUCAGUGAUACUGGAACAUAAAAUUCCUACACAAGGAGGAUUUGUCUACUGUAUGAGCGCUUGUCCUAUCGAUACUUCGCGUAUCGCAUUUGGUGCAGGAGACACAAUGUUGCGUCUCUGGAAUUUAUCGGAACCUCACACAACGACUUUUGAUAUUAUUACUCAUUGGCAGAAAAUAAAAGGAAAAAUAAGAGCGAUAUCAUGGUUUCCGUAUGAUGAAACUACAAUUGCUUUUGGUACUGGAGAAGGUCGUGUUGGUGUAUUUGAAGCAAUUGGAACCAACAAACCACCUAUAUUAUAUAGACAAUAUCACAGACAUACCAUUUACAAGAUUGAAUGGGCUAAAUUUGAAUCAGAAAAUUAUUUGUUCUCCUGUGCAGAAGGAGAAUUAAUAGCAUACAAGAAAUCUGCACCGAAUGAUGAACCCAUGUCUAUAAUAAAAAAAGGAUGUAUGGAAUUUUCUUGGAAAUCCAAUUUAUGCUUAGCAGUUGCAUUCGAAAAUGGAUCGCUUGCAUUUUUCGAUCAAAAGUUAAGAAAACGCGGCAACUCAAUACACAUUUUAAGAACUACGGUGAACUGUCUAGUGUGGCAUCCCGAAAGUACAACGGCAGAAAGAUGGACGUCGCCAUAUGCCAAUUACUUGGCAGUUGCCUCUGAUUCGUGCGAUAUAAUAAUUUUUGAUCUAUCAAAGUUAAUAAUAGAAUUGGAGAAAACAGGUACAAAAGAUCUUAUAGAAAAUGAAGAUAAAGAACAAGAAAAAGAUCGCACGAGCCACAAAAUAGUAGCAACAUUAACUGGACAUUCCGAUAGAGUAGUGUGCUUAGCUUGGAAUCCGCAUUUCAGUGGACUCUUGGUAUCUGGUAGUUACGACAAUACUGCACAGAUAUGGAAUGUUGAAAAACAAGAAUUAAUAGCCACAUACAUGGGUCAUGAUGGACCUGUAUUAUGUUGUAUGUGGAGUCCUAUCAAACCGCAAUUUAUAAUGACGGGAUCAAUGGACUUUAUGCUUCACAUAUGGGAUUAUACAUCGUCUGAGCAAUCACCAAAGCAACCUUCCGAAGUUAAAGUCAUAAAGAAAAAACAUAAACAGAAAAGAUUGCUGAAAAAUAAAACAGAUGAUUGUGAAAACGAUUUGACUACAUUGACAGAUUCCACUAAUCAAGCCUCAAGUGCCAAAGAAAAAAGAAAAAAAUCAUACUUUAAUAAAUAUAAUAGAAUAAUAAAUGACAAAUCUGUAAUCCUGAAUUUUAUCAAGAAUGAUAUAAGAAAUAAUCAAAAGCAAAGCAAAGAAAACACUGAAAGUGAAACAAAUUUCUCAUUAUUUUGUGAGCAAAAGGAUGAUCUUUUGACAUUAAUUUCUAAUGAAAAGUUAACUCAAGACAAUGCAGAGACUAAUAUUGAGAUAGAUAUGUGGUGUAACAAUUUGGAGGAGAACUUGAUCUCCGCGGUCAAAAAUCAUCAAUUAAAUGAUUUUUUAAUAUCGCUUGCACCUCACGUUUCUAUCAAAACAUGGAGGGAAAUGUGCGAGGCUUACGCGCACCAGUUAGUGGAACAAAAUAAUCCAGGAAAAGCAGUGGCAUAUUUACUAAGUAUACACAAAAUUUAUGAUGCUAUAGAAGUAUUUUUAAAUGCCAAGUUGUUUAAGGAAGCUUACGCAGUUGCACGAUGUAAAUUGGAUACUGAUGACCCAUUCCUAAAAAAGAUAUUAGAACAAUGGGCAGAGUGGACUGUUUCGAAAGGUCACUUGGAGCAAGCAGCUCAUUGUUAUGUAAAAUUAAACGACUAUGAAAAAGCAGCAAACGUUCUUUCUCGUCGAAAAGAUAUAUAUUGUCUGGAGAUAGCGUCAGAAUUAGCGUUUUUAAGCGGUGACGAGGGACAUGGUAAAUCCUUAGCUGUGGACGCUAUGACACGUGCCCUUAUAAAAUCGGAGUGGUCAAAAGCGCGUUCCCUCAUCACAGACAUUCGACAAGUUCAGUACUUAAAUGUGAACAUAGAUGCUCACGAGAUAAUUAUGAGUACAUAUUUAAAAGAGACUGAGUUAGAUGUAAUAAAGAUAUGGUUGAAAGAAAAAGAAAACAACGGUCUAAUACAAACUCUUGAAGAAAAAUAUGAUACUUCUUAUUAUGAUAUCUUGCUUAAAAACGAAAGUAACAACAUUGUUCUAAAAAAUAUAACAAAUGAGGAAAUGAUGCAAAUAAAGAUUUGUUAUCAAAUCGCCUUAGCAGCCACGUGUGAUGCUAAAGAAAUCAGAUUGAAACAUAUAACAAGAGCAUUAAAUAACAUAAUCGAAUAUGAAAAAGCAGUAGCGAAAUACGGAAUACCAAAAGAAGGAUUUUUCAUGCAUGUUCUUACGAAAUUAGAUACGAGAAAGCCAACAAACAAAGACAGUAUUUACGCAAAGAGCAGUUAUCCUGUUUCACAAAGUUUACGUGCUUGUUUAUGUGUCGGUCUCCUAAAUUGGUUACUGAAAUAUUUAGUAAAAUUAUCGGUUGAAGAAGAAACACAGAUUAUGCAAUUGAUAAUAGAUUUGAUGGACGAUGCUAUAAACAAAACAAAUCUAGAUUAUCAGAUUAAACUUCUUAAAUAUGAAAAACUCGAGAAUGAACUUAUGAUUCUUAAACUGGAAAAGGGAAACGAAACUGAAAAUCAUAAUUACCAGACUAUUGAGGAAGAGGCAGAAAUACUUAAAAUCUAUGUAAACAAAUUCUGUGAAGAUCGAAUUUUUAUACCGGAUCCCUUUGAUAUUUUUCAAAAGACUUGCUCACUUGUUAAAAAGUUGCAAGAGAAAAAUCAAUUUUUGUUUUUAGCGUGUUUAAAUAAAUUAGUCGAAGAAACAAAAAUAACCCAAAUUGGAAUAGAAGCAAGUUUGCUAAAGCAAAAAAAUUUGACAAUUUCUGAUACAGAUUUAAAUUUAAGUUCAAGUUCAAAUUCAAGUUCCAAUUAGCUUUUUGCACUCUGAAAACUUUACAUAUGUAUAUGGCUAUCAUGUUGCGAAACAAAAAA